CCUCAUCCCGCCCCCACCGCCUGCCGCCGCCGCCGCUCUCGCCCACCACCAACGCCAAGCCGUCGCGGCGCCCACUCCGUCCUCCGCUCCACCACCGCUCGCCGCACACUCACACGCCCCGCUUCACCACCGCGCCCUCUCCACAGCCCCAGACUCAACCUCCCACCACCACCACCACCACCUUCUCUCACCUCGCCCGGCGCGUCUCCACCCCGCGCUCGGCCAUGUCGAAUCAUCUCAGUCCCUCUGCGCGGAGCGACUUCAGCGCCUCCUCCUCGCACCUCUACAGCAGCAGCAGCAGCAGCUCGCUCGGCGCCUCGCCCGCCGGCGCGCCCACGAUGAGCACCGCCGCCAGCUCGACGCACUCCGACAGCGAGGACUCGCCGCGCCGCGCCUCGCCCGACGCCGCCAAGAACACGCUCUGCCAGUGGGACGGCUGCGGCGACGCAUACAGCGACGCAGAGGAGCUCUACCGCCACCUCUGCGACGACCACGUCGGCCGCAAGAGCACCAACAACCUCUGCCUCACAUGCAAGUGGACCGGCUGCGACGUCAGCUGUGCCAAGCGCGACCACAUCACCAGCCACCUGCGCGUGCACACGCCGCUCAAGCCGCACUCGUGCGAUGCAUGCGGCAAGACGUUCAAGCGGCCGCAGGACCUCAAGAAGCAUGAGCGCAUCCACACCGAGGCGCACCAGAUGGCACAGGCGGCGCGCCAGAAGGGCCCGCACUCGUACGGCAUCGCCGACCCCGUCGCCUACAACGCCUUCCACCUCGCCGCCGCACAGGCCAGCCAGCCGGGCGCCACGGGCCCGGCGCCGAGCUUCGGCUACCCGUUCAUGGGCGGCUACGCGGCCGGCGCGCCGCCGCAGCACCGCUUCUCGCAUCCCGUCUCGCACCACUCGGCCGUCGGCUACCCGGCGCUCAGCAACCACGCCACCGCUGUGUGGGCGCAGCAGCACACGCCCGGCAUCUCGCCCAUGGGCACGCAGCACUACGGCGCCGGCGGGCCGAGCUACUUUCAGCACGGCGAGAUGAAGCCCGGCUCGUACCUGCACUACGCGCCCGAGCGGCCCAAGCACGGCGACGAUCCGACGUCGUACAUGGGCCUCUCGCGCGGCGCCGCCGGCCAGAAGCGCUCGUGGGAGGACACGGUCGACGUCACGCGCGGCUUCUUCAACGACGUCGGCAACAAGCACAUGCGCCCGACGUACGACGCCAACAUGGCGCAGCGCCUCGAGCACACCUUCGCCAACGGCAUCGACGACGCCUCGCUCGCCGCGCUCUUCUCCUCCGUCGACGGCCAUGGCGCUCCGCCGCAGUCGUACGCCGGCCAUCCGCACGCCCACCAGGCGCAGCAGCCGUCGCAGCCGGCCGCCAGCGCGGCCACCUCGGCCGCGCUCAACGCCCUCCUCGCGCAGAACACCAUGGCAGGCUCGCAGCACGCCGGCCGCAUGUCGCUGCCCGACUCGUUCAAGAAGACGGACCUGGCCGAGCUCAACGCCUUCCUGCUGCAGCUCGGCCACAACGCCUCGACUGGCCUCGCCGCCGCCACGGCCUCGUCAUCGUCGGCCACGCCGAGUGUCGCCGCCGCGACCAACGGCAGCAGCACGGUGCACACGCCCGCCAGCCACGCCUCGAGCGAGCCGUCGAAUCCGUUCGACAUGCAGAACCUCAGCCAGUACGGCCUCAGCGACAUCCCCGGCUUCGACGAGAGUCUCUUCAACUUCUCGGCAGGCACGCCCGACGCUGGCGUGGCGCAGCAACAGCCUUCGCACCCGCAGUGGCAGAAUGGUCGUCCCAUCGCCCAGCUGCCCUCGCGCGGCCUGCAGCAUGGCAGCACGCAGUACCCCUCGGCAGCGAUGUCCGGCUACAACGGCGCCGACAACGUCUCAUACCCAUCCUUCGACCGUCUGCGCGCCUCGCACGGCCACACGCUCGUGCCGCAACUGGCAGCCAAGGACAUCGGCGCAGCCAACUACCGUCGCGUCGAGGCGCUGACGCGUGCCGCGCCGCUCGAUGUCGCCCGCAGCCUCGAGGUGUCGUCGGUGCGCGACGUCAAGGCCGAGGACAGUGAUGAUGAGAUGACGGACGUCGAGGCUCGCAAGCCCAGCACAAGCUCGACGCGCUUCUCGCCUCGUGGCGCCUCGGUCGAGUCCUCGGAGACCAGUCCGCGGGCAGCGAGCCACGGUCUCUACCGUCAGCUUCCGGCGCUCAACGCUCACCGUGGCAGUGCGGCCAGCAUCAGCUCGAUUCUCUCCACGUCGACGACGCGUGCCUCGCACCGUGCCACGCCGUACUCGAGCUCGAUGCGUCUGAGCGGCAGCAUCAGCUCGCACGGCGCCGCAAGCAGUCUAGGCUCGCACUCUCCCUCGCCGCCUGCUUCCACGGUCGAUGAGGAUGAGCGUCCGUCUACGUCUUCAUCGACGCUGUACCCGCGUCUCGGCUCCGUCGAGCCUUCCGGCUCCGUGUCGGACAUCGCCGACGACGUUGCGGCGCUCGACGUCGGCGCAUCCAUCCCCGUCGAUGUGCGCAUGCAGCAUGUGCGUCUCAUUCGCGACCUGCUCGUCGCCCUCAACUUCCCCGAGCGUGCUCGCGAGAUGGCUGCUGCCGCGGCCGCCACACGUCCCGCAUCGCCCUCGACCAAGCUGGCGCCUCUGCGCCUCAACACCUCGACGGCGGCGGCAGCGGCGGCGGCGCACGACGAGGCGGAGGGAUCGGACGAGGCAAAGACGCCGACGCUGGCGCCCGUGGAGCUGGCGGACGACAAGGACGAGUCGGAGCAACGCCGCCUGCCUGCCAUUGCAGAACUGCUGCGCUCGGUGCCGCCGGUGUCGCGCGAUGGCAACAACCCGCUGGCGGGCCGGCCUUACAUGGACAUCGACGUCUAAAACAACGUCUUUCCCACAUCCGCCUCAUGCUUGGCUCGUCUGCUAUCCAUCGCAAUCUCCGUCGUCACCGCCUCGGCAUCGCACCCGCCGCUCUCGUCUUCCGUCACCGUUCCCGCACGCCCGUUGUCUGGCUCUCUUUUUCCUGCUCCGGGCCUGCCCCCCUCAUGUACAACGCUCUCUCCACUCUCUGUUUGUGCUCGCUGCCUCACUCUCUCUCGCUCCGCUGUCUCAUGGUAUUGGAACCUACACCGCCAGGCUGGCUUCGCCGCCUCGCAACCUGUCUUGUCAUACCUCUUCUCCGUGCGAGAUCAGAUGCUUGACCAGCUCAUCACAUUCGUUCAGAGUGACCAGC